AUAUAACUUUCCCUCAGGUGUGCGGACACUCCUUGUGACACAUUGCUGGGCAGUACUGGAGAGAGAGGGACUGAGUACUGCUGGAGGAAGGAGUACUGAGCAUUAUAUACAUCCUGACAGUCUCUGGAGGAAGGAGUACUGAGCAUUAUAUACAUCCUGACAGUCUCUGGAGGAAGGAGUACUGAGCAUUAUAUACACCCUAACAGUCCCUGGAGGAAGAAGUACUGAGCAUUAUAUACACCCUAACAGUCCCUGGAGGAAGGAGCACUGAGCAUUAUAUACACCCUGACAGUCCCUGGAGGAAGGAGCAUUGAGCAUUAUAUACACCCUAACAGUCCCUGGAGGAAGGAGCACUGAGCAUUAUAUACACCCUGACAGUCCCUGGAGGAAGGAGCAUUGAGCAUUAUAUACACCCUGACAGUCCCUGGAGGAAGGAGCACUGAGCAUUAUCUCUAACGUAACAGUCUCUGGAAGGAGCACUGAGUAUUGUCUACACCCUGACAGUCCCUGGAGGAAGGAGUACUGAGCAUUAUAUACAUGCUGACAGUCUCUGGAAGAAGUACUGAGCACACAACUGUAUCCUAAUCCUCCUUUUGGAUAUACAGAGAAGAGGAAUCAACCAGCAUGGCCGGUAUUGGGAAAAUAAUCUUCAGGAUAAUGAUUGGGAUCAUCAUCCUCCUGCUGGGAGCCAUUGCUCUGAUCAUCGGUCUCAGCGUCGCAGGUAACAGCUCCACCAAUGCUGUAAUGACUUCGAACACGGUUGGGCAAAUCAACAACAAUGUUAUUCUGGGCUGCACCUUCACCCCGGACACAAAGCAGUCCACCGAUGUCUUGUGGGAGAAAGUGGGCCUGACUGGUACCGUCUACAAAUACGUGAAAGGAAAGAUCUCCUUGACGGACCAGAACAGCGCCUUCAAGGGUCGGACCUCGCUCUUCCCCACCGAGCUGACAAAGGGGAACGGCUCUCUUUUGCUUAGCAACCUUCAGCUGAGUGAUAUCGGGACCUACAAGUGCACCAUCACUAAUUCUCUGGGUGAAGGAUCGAAUACGCUCUACCUCAACGUGGGAGCGUUCACCCCCAUCACAGUGACCAACACCACCCCGAGCACCCUACGCUGCGAUUCUCCCAGCUGGUACCCCCAACCAAGCGUCACCUGGUGGAACUCCACGUCCGCAGACCUCGCGUCCCAAGCAAACCUCACCAACUCAUCCACCACCACCAUCGUCCCGGGGCUCAGCGUAAUGAUGGAGGUGAUAUCGGACUUCAGCGGGGCCGUAGGGGACACGCAGUACACCUGCAUCAUACAGAAUGGUUUGGCCAAGGCUCAGGGCAUCGCCAAGUUCACAGUGACAGGUCUGAAGACGGAAUCUCGCCUGGACGUGAUUGGCUCAGCCGCCAUCUUGUCGCCGUCAGUUUUCCUGUUGUGUCUUCUCGCUGUGCUCGCCCAUCCAGCCGCUCUCUGACCUCUGAUUUCCCCGGUGGGUACAUGCUGGGUGUAGUCCUUGAACACCGAGACGUCAG